GCCUGGCGUUCUCUUCCUUCGGUCACUGGGGUUCUUCAGUUUCGCAGUAAAGCUGGAGUCUUGAGUUGUUGUCCGACUCGAAGCCGAAGCCGAAAUCGACAGAGAAAUGGGAUUUGGAGCUUUAAGAUCCAUUAUUCGACCACUGUCGAGAACCCUAGCAGUAUCCCGCUCCUCCGUGUGCGCAACGACGCCGUUUUCUGCCACUUCAGCCUCAGUGAAAUCGGAGUUCCGAUCAGUUAUCGGUAGUCCAUUUCGCAGCCAAGUUCCAUGGUUUCCAAUUGUGAACCAUUUACACAGCUUAACAGAUACUCGCUUCCCAAAGCGACGGCCUGUCGAUAAGUCUCGUCGAAAGAGGGCCACCAUGAAACCCCCAGGACCUUAUGCCUUUGUUCAAUAUGUUCCUGGUGAACCAAUACGCAACAGACCCAAUGAAGGAAGUGUGAAAAGAAGGAAUGAGAAGAAGCGUAUUAGGCUACGUCUUGCUUUCAUUUCGUCAGAGAAAAGGAAACGGAAGGCUGAGGUGCAAGAAGCUAAAAGGAAGAAGAACAUUAAGAAAAUAGAACGAAAAAUGGCUGCGGUGGCAAGGGAAAGAGAGUGGGCUCAAAAACUGGCUGAGUUGCAGCGGCUCGAGGAAGAUAAGAAAAAAUCCAUGGCUUGAUAUUAUUAUCACAUCGAACCUCAUUAGGCAGCUAAUUAUGCUUUUGUUUGGGUUUUUUUUACCUCACUAGCAGUGAGAGCAUAUGAGAAUUGAUUUUUCUAGAUCAAUAACUUGCAUUGCAACAAUUUAUAUUUAGAUGCACUUAGUCUGCUUGUGCGGCAGGGUAUGAAAAGAGAAAAAGGACUUCAUUUUU